AUGGAGCGAGAUCGGCUUACAGCCCUAUCUAUGGAUGAUCUGCGACAAGAGGCCCUACGUCAUCAACUGCCAGCAACAGCUGAUCGAGAGGUGUUGAUCGAAGCGAUCUCGGCACAUUUGUCCCUCGAUAGUCCGACGGACGAAAUGAUACCUUCUGCAUCAGGUUCCCGCACUACCACCGGGAAGAUACGCAAAGGAAGUGGCAGUGCAGAUCGGCGAGGGUCGGUGCCAUCAGUGGUCGUGACACCUGCCGCGGGAACUGCGGCGCAAACUGGGGCAUUGGACCGCCUCACUGAGACCUUGGCUGUAUUUAUGCAGCAGCAACAACAAAUGAUGGAAGAGAUACGAUCGCUAACUAUAAGAGAUAACUUUAUCCCCAGGGGACCUUCCCCAGAGCAGGAGGAAGUGGAGCAGAUUCGUUCUCCAGCAGUCAGUACAUCAUCGCCGGCACAAGCGGUGACCUUGUUAGCACCGCAAAUUCCGGAGUUCGGCGGCACGGACGAGGAAAACGUCCAUAUUUGGUCACAAAGAGUCGACAGAGUGGCUCAAGUGCAUCAUGCGUCGGAAGACGUCGUGCUCCUCGCAGCCUCUAGUAAAUUGACGAAACUCGCAAAGCAGUGGUACGAGAUGCAAUCCGGCCACGUCUUAGAGUCGUGGUACGAACUAAAGCAAGCAAUGAUAAAGAUGUUUGAUCGUCGUGUCUCGUUUACGGCCGCGAUGCAAAAAAUUGAGGCUCGAAAAUGGAAUCCGGCUAAAGAAUCAUUUGACCAAUAUUCAAUUGACAAGCUAACAUUAAUUCAUCGUUUGGAUCUCCCUAGUACAGAUGCGAUCAACUUGAUAAUCGGUGGCAUUCCGCAACAUUCACUUCGUGCAACGGCUUUGGCGUUAACCACGCAGUCUGUAGAUAAAUUCUUGGAAGCAAUGAGGAGGAUCACCUACGGUAUGGGCGACAUGGAGAAAAAAAACCAUCAUCAGAGUAAAGCCAUUAAGAAGGACUACAAAGCAGCUGACGGGAAGACACAGGGCCACAAGGACAGGCCGACCAAGGGAGCAUGCAAUUAUUGCAAAAAGGAAGGUCAUUGGAAAUCGGACUGUCCACUGCUGAAGAAGAAAGAGCGGACAGUAGCAACGGCCUCAUCCUCCUCCCCGGCACCGGAAAAGACAUCAUCUUCCACGCAGCCGACGGCAGCGGCGGUCGAGGAUAACAACAGGGAUAAGUUUUACCUCUCUGGACCGUUAAUAAUAAUUGACAAAAUCAAUAAUAUAGAUUGUAAUUUGAGCGCGCUAAUGGACACAGGAAGUCCAGUCUCAUUUGUUAGUUUGAGUAAUUUUCAGAAAUUUUUCAAUUGUACGCAAACCGCGUUAGAACCAGUCGAUCGGAAAUUUAACGCUUUGCCGAAAAAUCCGAUUAACGUCCAGGGGAAAAUAAUUCCGUGA